UGUUCUGAUCUGGACGUUAUUCUGAAACACCCUGUUCUGAAACACCCUGUUCUGAAACACCCUGUUCUGAAACACCCUGUUCUGAUCUGAUCUACUGUGGACGUUGCUCUGACACUGUCUCUGGUCUCCAUAAUGAAUGAUGUCUCUGCUCUGCCCUCCAACCACACAGACUGUCAGGUGGUGAAGGUCCCCCACCUGGUGUUCUUAGUGUUGGGUAUGGUGUCUCUCAGUGAGAACCUGUUGGUGGUGGUGGCCGUGGUGCGCAACAAGAACCUCCAUUCCCCGAUGUACAUGUUUAUCUGUAGCCUGGCCACGUUCAACACCAUCUCCUCCCUCUCCAAGACCUGGGAAACCCUAAUGAUGGAGUUCAGCGACGUCGGACAACUGGACUCCCGGGGGGACUCCGUCCGGAGGGUCGAUGACAUCAUAGACGCGCUGCUCUGCAUGUCUUUUAUCGGCUGCAUCUGUAGCUUCCUGGCCAUCGCUGUGGACCGCUACGUCACCAUCUUCCACGCACUGCGCUACCACAACAUCAUGACCACGAGGCGAGCCGCCGCCGCCCUGGCGGGGAUCUGGGCGCUGUGCGGCGUCGCCGGGGCGGUCAUGGUGGCGUUCUGUGACGCCACGGUCAUCAAGAUCUUUUUCAUCGUGCUCUUCCUCAUCUCGCUGCUCCUCAUCCUCUUCCUCUACAUCCACAUGUUCCUGCUGGCUCGGUCCCACGCCAGGAAGAUUGCAGCGCUGCCCGGGAGUGCCAUGCCGCACCGCAGCCUCCGGGGGGCGCUCACGCUCACCAUGCUAUUCGGGGUGUUUGUGGUGUGCUGGGCGCCUUUCUUCCUCCACCUCCUCCUCCUCAUGGUGUGUGUAGAGAACCCCUACUGUGAGUGCUACCGCUCUCUGUUCCAGCUGAAUUUGGUUCUGCUGAUGAGUCACGCCGUGGUCGACCCGGCCAUCUACGCCUUCCGCAGCGCAGAGCUACGAAACACCUUCAGGAAGAUGCUGCUCUGCUCCGACUCACCACUCUGCUACAAGGUCAAAGCUCUGUUCCACUGAAGGGCUUUGUCUGCACCCUUUCCCUAGAUAAUGCACAACUUUCCACCAGAGUUUUUGACCCCGCAGGGCUUGGUUAAAGGUAGGGCACUAUAUGGGGAAUAGGGCAUUGGUUAGAGGUAGGGCACUAUAUGGGGAAUAGGGCCUUGGUUAAAGGUAGGGCACUAUAUGGGGAAUAGGGCCUUGGUUAGAGGUAGGGCACUAUAUGGGGGUAGGGCCUUGGUUAAAGGUAGGGCACUAUAUGGGGAAUAGGGCCUUGGUUAGAGGUAGGGCACUAUAUGGGGGUAGGGCCUUGGUUAAAGGUAGGGCACUAUAUGGGGAAUAGGGCCUUGGUUAAAGGUAGGGCACUAUAUGGGGAAUAGGGCCUUGGUUAAAGGUAGGGCACUACAUGGGGAAUAGGGCCUUGGUUAGAGGUAGGGCACUAUAUGGGGAAUAGGGCAUUGGUUAGAGGUAGGGCACUAUAUGGGGAAUAGGGCCUUGGUUACAGAUAGGGCACUAUAUGGGGAAUAGGGCCUUGGUUACAGGUAGGGCACUAUAUAGGGCCUUGGUUAAAGGUAGGGCACUAUAUGGGGAAUAGGGCCUUGGUUACAGGUAGGGCACUAUAUGGGGAAUAGGGCCUUGGUUAUAUGUUUAACUAUAUAUGGAAUAGAUAACUACUGUAUAUUAUACAGUACAUUUAACUAUAUACAGAAUAGAUAACUACUGUAUAUUAUACUAUAUGUAUAACUAUAUACAGAAUAGAUAACUACUGUAUAUUAUACUAUAUGUAUAACUAUACACAGAAUAGAUAACUACUGUAUAUUAUACAGUACAUUUAACUAUAUACAGAAUAGAUAACUACUGUAUAUUAUACUAUAUGUAUAACUAUAUACAGAAUAGAUAACUACUGUAUAUUAUACUACACGUAUAACUAUAUACAGAAUAGAUAACUACUGUAUAUUAUACUAUAUGUAUAACUAUACACAGAAUAGAUAACUACUGUAUAUUAUACUAUAUGUAUAACUAUACACAGAAUAGAUAACUACUGUAUAUUAUACUAUAUGUAUACUACAGUGCG